AUGCAUUCUUCCUCGAAUUCACGCGGUAAACGAAAGGCAUAUAUCAUUGACAGCGACGACGACGAUGACGAGUAUGCUGAUGCCGAUACUCCUCCAACACCAGCUGUGGCAGCCGCAGCGACGCAGCCCGGGAAAUCCCAGCACCCUCAUAGCCGGAAGUCACAUAUCAUCAAGAGCAGUAAUGCAAAACAGAUUCAGAACGCGUUGACGGUGUGGUUCUUGGAUGGAGUUCAUGACGCGCGCGGUAUGCCAUGGCGGAAACGAUGGGACCCUGCAUUGUCCGCCGAAGCCAAAGCGCAGCGAGCAUAUGAGAGUGGAGACGGUUAUCCCGUAUUACCGAAAGUGGAUGGAUGCGUUAGUGCAGUUAUUGGAGCGUGGUAUCAUUGUGGGUUAAUUUUGCAAGACAGGUUUCCAACCGUGCGGGAUCUGGCCGCCUCGAACAUCGAAGCCGUCAAUGCACUGUGGAAAGCCAGAUUAUUCGAGGGUGCAAAACUGGUGGUCGAAAAGUUCGAUGGCAAACUUCCAGACGACGCCGCCCUUCUCCAGUCUGACGUCCCGGGCAUUGGCAAGUACUCGUCAGGCGCUAUUUGUUCUAUCGCUUAUGGGAAAUGUGUGCCUGUAUUGGAUGGAAAUGUCCAUCGAUUAUUGUCUCGAGUGCUAGCACUUUACGCAUCUCCCAAAGCCAAACAAGUCACUGAUAUGCUAUGGGAUGCGGCUGAAGCCAUCGUCAAAGAUGCUUCGGAUCCAGGAGCGGUCAACCAGGCCUUGAUCGAACUCGGGAGCACCAUUUGCACACCAAGGGACCCAAAGUGCGACAAGUGUCCCAUAAGCUCACACUGCAACGCUUAUAAAUGGCAAACAGGAAAAACAGCUACGACCGAUAUAGAAGACCUCUGUGAUGUGUGUGAUCCGAUAGUGGACACGACCAAAAGCGUCACAAUAUUCCCCAUGAAAGUGGAGAAAAAGGCCGUUCCAGAAGAAACGGACGUGGUCUGUGCUAUCGCAUGGAGGCCAAAGGACGAUCCAACCACCUACUAUCUUUUACGAAAGAGACCAGCAACGG